UGGGGGCCCGUGGCUGCAGGAGGCUCCAUGGCUGCUGGGGAACACCUGGCUGCUGGGGGUCCACAGCUGCUGGGGGACACACCACCUCAGGCCCAGCUGCCCUCCCCUGCCUCUCCACAGGCGUCAUGGCUGGGGUGAGGAGGCAGGGCCAGGGCACCUCAGACAUCCCCCAGCUGCUGGGGGAGGAAGGCUCCAGCCCCCGGCAUCCGGUACCUGACAAAGAUCUCGGGGAGGGUGGUGUGUCGUGGCGAGGAGCUCUCCCCACGUCCUCUCCUCCGAGCUGGUGAAAGAGCCACCACUGCUUUGUGCCAUGUGGAGGGGAAAGGCCCUGGUCACCUGGGCGCUCCUCACCAGCCUGGCCACGGCCAGCUGGGGCAUCCAAGUAAUCCUGAAAGAAGUCAGUGGGAAGGUGUUCCUGCAAUGUGAAACAAACCUGCAAAGUGAAAUCAUAUGGCUGAAAGAUGGGAAUAGGAUAGGAAAUGGAACACAACUGGACUUGGGUGCAGUUUACAACGAUCCCAGAGGCGUCUAUGUGUGUCAAUUGGAAGGCAGAAACGAACACAGUGAGCUCCAGGUGCACUAUCGAAUGUGCCAGAACUGCAUCGAAGUGGACGCUUCCACCAUCUCGGGGAUCGUGGUCGCAGAUGUUGUUGCCACCAUCUUCCUGGCUGUUGCUGUGUAUUGCAUCACUGGCCAGGACAAGGGACGCAUGUCACGAGCUUCUGACAGGCAGAACCUGAUCGCCAACGAGCAGCUCUACCAGCCCCUUGGCGAGCGGGACGAUGGACAGUACAGCCGGCUGGCACCUGCCAAGGCCCGCAAGUGAAGUGGGAAAACACUGGGGCCUGC